AAGAAAAAAAGAAAAAAAAAAGAAAAAAGAAAAAAACAAAGGACCGAGAUUCUUCUUCCGAAAGGAAGCGCCGCCUCUUCUCUUCUCCCUGCCUAUAAAUUCAACCACGCACGCGGCGGGAAACGUCUCUAUCGGGUCGAUUUCGCCUCUUCUGCUCAUCUCUCUCUCUCUCUCUCGCUUGCGCUCUCGCCAUGGAUUUGGACCCCGAGGGCAUCUUCCGAGACGAUUCCGACUCCGACGACGAGUUCUACCAGGAAAAGGAAGCCUCUAAGGAGUUGGUCGUGUACCUCGUCGAUGCGUCCCCUAAGAUGUUCGCCCCUGUACCUACGGAUGAAGGUGGAACAAAGGAAACCCACUUUCAUAUUGCAAUAAACAGUAUCUUACAGUCUUUAAAGGCCCAAAUUAUUGGUAGAUCCUACGAUGAAGUAGCAAUUUGCUUUUAUAACACUAAGGAAAAGAAAAAUUUACAGGAUUUAAGUGGUGUUUAUGUCUUCAAUGUUCCGGAAAGAGAAUGGCUUGAUAGGCCCACGGCAAGGUUAAUUAAGGAAUUCUCCAGUAUUGAGGAAUCUUUUAUGAGCAACAUUGGUAGUCGGUACUGGAUCGUUUCGGGGUCUCGAGAUAAUUCCUUAUACAAUGCUCUUUGGGUGGCACAAGCACUAUUGCGCAAGGGUUCUGCAAAAACUGUAAGUAAGCGGAUCCUUCUAUUCACAAAUGAGGAUGAUCCCUUUGGAAGUAUUUCUGGGGCAAUAAAAUCAGAUAUGGUCCGGACAACGCUACAACGUGCCAAAGAUGCACAAGACCUUGGCAUCUCAAUUGAACUUCUUCCCUUCAGGAGGCCAGAUGAGGAAUUUGAUGUCUCCAUUUUUUAUGCCGAGUUGAUUGGUUUGGAAACUGAUGAGAUACCUAAUUUCUUGCCAUCUGCUAGUGACAAGUUAGAAGAUAUGACAGAUCAGUUAAGAAAACGGAUAUUCAAGAAGCGGAAAGUUAAGACUCUGACAUUUUCAAUAGCAAAUGGUAUAUCCAUUGAAGUUAAUACAUAUGCUUUAAUUCGUCCAACUUUACCAGGGGCUAUUAUGUGGCUUGACUCAGUUACUAAUCUUCCGCUGAAGAAUGAAAGGUCCAUUAUUUGUGCCGAUACUGGAGCUCUUUACCAAGCACCACCUAAACGGUUUCAACCUUAUAAGAAUGAGAUUAUUAAAUUUUCUGUAAAUGAGCUAUCUGAAAUAAAGAAGCUUUCAAAUAACCAUCUCCGCCUUUUGGGUUUCAAGCCACUGGAUUGCUUGAAGGAUUAUCAUAACUUAAGGCCAUCAACAUUUAUCUUUCCGACUGAUGAGGAAAUAGUUGGGAGUACUCGAAUUUUCAUAGCUUUACAUAAGUCGAUGUUGCGUUUGAGAAGGUUUGCACUUGCAUUUCAUGGAAGUUCAACUCAUCCCCAAUUGGUUGCACUUGUUGCACAGGAUGAAAUAACCAGUGCAAAUGGUCAAGUUGAGCCACCUGGAAUGCAUAUGAUAUAUCUUCCCUAUUCUGAUGAUAUAAGGCAUAUAGAAGAGGAUCACAUGGCUGCUGAUGAUAAUGCCUCUCGUGCUACAGAUGAGCAAAUUAAGAAAGCUUCUGCAUUGUUGAGACGUAUAGAUCUGAAAAACUUCUCAGUUUGUCAAUUUACAAAUCCUGCUUUGCAGAGACACUACGGAAUCUUGCAGGCCUUGGCUCUGGGAGAAGAUGAGAUGCCUGACAUUAAAGAUGAAACUGUACCUGAUGAGGAAGGCAUGGCCAGGCCAGGAAUUGUCAAUGUGAUUCAAGAGUUUAAGAACGCCGUGUAUGGGGAAAACCACGACCAAGAGGAAGAUGAAUCUGCGGCUGGAAGAGGACAUGCUAGCGGGGCUUCCAAGAAGCGCAAAGAAAUGACUGAAGCAGCUGCAAAGGAGAGUUCUAGCCGUGACUGGGAAGAGCUAGCUGAAAAUGGAAAACUGAAGGAUUUGACUGUUGCCGAGUUGAAGAACUACCUAAUUAUGCACAAACUCCCAGUUACUGGGAAGAAAGAAACAUUAAUUUCCAGGAUCUUGACUCACUUGGGGAAGUGAGUCUGUACAAUGGUAAGAGGAAUCCAACCUGCCCUUUCUCGUGUAUUAAGGUAUGGCUAAUGGAUUUUGAUCAAUGUUUCAGGGAUGGAAAUUCUCCGUUCAAUGUAAGUCUACACAUUCCACUUUUGUUCGGUUUCACUUGUGUUUUCAUAGCUAAUGUUGCUUGUACAAAUGUGUCACUAUUUUAGCAACUUCUUUUCUUUCUGUUGGCCUUUUCCACUGUUCCAUUAGAAGUAGAUCAGCAUUUCUUCUCUUUACUGGCGAUCCUUGCAUCUCUUAUGUUGUGCGAGGAAGCUGACAUUCUCAGGAAAAGAAAUUAUAGAAGGCUGAUUAAUGAUAUAGAAAUAUUUGUCUGC